UAAGUUGAUUAUAACGUGAUGCCCUCGUGAUGUACUGCUAAUACAACUCUUGCUCUCGUGCUCUAGUUGUAUUAGCAGUACAUCCCUCAUGCAUGAGUAAUAACAUACAGUAGCCGUCAGAAUAAAGUUCUUGUACCAUUUGCAUGGCACGUCACGUUGUCGUUUUUACGUGAACAGAAAAUGUCUUGUCAACUGGAAUUGAACGCACAUGUUUUAUUCGUAUACGCACCGUGAUUACGAUUUGUUGUACAAUUUUAAAACGGUGAUGAGUCAGCAACAAUUAACGAGACACAAACAUUCUGAGAAUGAAGCAACUUGGCAGCUAACCUUGUCAUUGUAGUAUCGUAUGCAGAUAGUUUAUUACUAUCAUGGAAUGCUCACUUCACUUACUUUGUUUAAGUUAUUGCAUGACCACGAGUGCCGUAGGCCUCGAGACCACUAAUUACAACGUAGCCAAUAUUGCACGAGUGAUUAUGCAAUAACUGCGUGGGAGAAGCAUUGUUAUAAUGAGAUUUAUGCCUUCCGCAUUCCUUAUUUUGAUACCACAAAAAAGUGAGUUGUAGGAACAAUAUAAAAGAGAUCAUUCCAACUUUUGUCCAAGCUUUCUGGCUUUGCACAUACCGUACCCUCGCGAAAAUACGCCCACCCUUUUCUGCAAGGCUUAUUAGGGGACUGGGCGUUUAAUCGCGAACGGCUACUUUUCAUUCGAAUAUAUGCCCACCCGCGGCCUCAAAUCGAGGUUUACACUUUGCUAUGCCAAUUCUUUUUUAGUAUUUUCAUUUUAAUACAUAGUAUGAACAUUUUAUUGACAACAACAUGUUAUAAACUAAUGCAUGAGUAUGAUUAAAGCAUGACAAGAGAAUGAACAUGAAAUGAAGAAGUGGACUCUGGCUCUAUUCGUUGCUUGUUGAUGUUAGAUGUAGCAGAAACUUCUCGAAGGAUGGUAGGUCAUACUCCUACAGAGCAGCUAUCAGGUACUUUGUUUCAGAAAACCAAGGCAAGGUAACUUGAAAAAUUAGCCUGUGUGAUAACUUUCUUAUAGACUUUGUGUUUCCUUUCUCAGCAUAUAGGACUACUUGUUCCUUGCAUAUACACCUUCAGGGGGCAAACAGAUCCAUACAGAGAAAGCGGUAGAAGUUCUUUUUGCGUUUCCGAAAACUCAAGAUGGUGAGCUGUCUUUGAUGGUAGGGGAUAUCAUUCAAGAUGUUGUGACAGUUGAUGAAGGCUGGUGUGAAGGAACUCUGAAUGGAGAAAGAGGGCUCUUCCCUGUCAAUUUUGUCAAAAUGAGACCAGCCGAACCACCAUCAGAGCCACCGGUUAUGCGAGAUGGUGGAGGAGCUAUAAAGAGCCGACAUGCUAAGGUGGUAUACAACUUUGUUGCAGAAAGUCCUGACGAGCUUUCUCUUGAAGCUGGACAGAUCGUUGAGGUGAUAGCAGAAGAGGAGGAUGGAUGGUGUAGAGGGAGGCUCAACAAUAAGGAGGGGGUCUUCCCAAGUAUCUUUAUAGAAUCCAUCCCGGUACCAGCCGAGCCUCCAUCAGAACCAGUCGAUAUUCAAAACCAAACCUACUUGAAGAAACUGGACGAGCUGAUGACCGACAAAAACAACACCAUCGAGCUACACUAUCUCAAGACACACUUCAUUGGUCCUUCGGGUAUUGGCAAAACGACCACUCGACAGCGGCUUGUUGGAUCCAUUACUAACCUGUCUUUGCUGCCCGAAGAUCAAAGGAAACGUUGUAGUACAUUACUAGCCGAGUGUGAACAAGUAUUGGCUUUUGUGGACAAAUCUGGAACAAAACUUGAAUUCAAUGCAUCUUCAAGUCUAGAGGAAGAAACACAGUUUAUCUUCUCUUACCUUAUGUCCUGUGAACCUAUUGAAGACAGCACUGUCAGUCCACCUAAGGAACAGCCCACACAAGAAACCACUGACCCCAAGAAGCAAACUCAACUCAAGAUCGAUGAAACUGCUACUGCACCCAAAGAAAUGGUAUCACCAACACCUGGGCCAACACCAGAAUCGGUAUCACCAACUGAUCAGCCAACACCAGACCCACCGGAAAAGGUCGUGAAAGUGACCACUGUAGAUGUUGGAGAGGUUGUCUCGAGACUCCGGAGUAUUGUGGGUUCAGGAGAGUACACUAAAGAGCUGCUGAACAAAGUCCUACUCAAUCUGGUCGAUAUAGGUGGGCAGCCUGGAUUCGUGGAGAUGUUUCCAUUUUUAAGCAAAGGCGCAGGGAUUUUCCUGGUAUUCUUUCGACUGGACAAAGACCUCGAUGACAUGUGUCAAGUCUCCUACGAACGAGGAAAGGACAAGAUCACACCGUACGAUUCAACGUACACAAGCAGAGAAACACUCUCUCAAAUCCUCUCAGCUAUCAGCCACCAUACCAAGAUUGACUCGGAUAUUGACAGAGAGCAGUGUAGUAAACUGGGCAAUCUAGGCUCUGCUAAGCCUGUUGCUACCCUCAUAGGUACUUUCAAGGAUGAACUGACAAUGCAAAUCAAAGUCGAUCUUCUGUACGAGAAAUAUUGUCACUCAGCUAUCUACAAGAGCGAUGGUACCACUGCCAGCGAGAGCGAUGGCACCACUGCCAGCGAGAGCGAUGGCACCACUGCCAGCGAGAGCAAUGGCACCACUGCCAGCGAGAACGAUGGCACUACUGCCAGCGAGACCACUGCCAGCGAGAGGGAUAGCACCACUGCCAGCGAGAGCGAUGGCAUCACUGCCAGCAAGAGCGAUAGCACCACUGCCAGCGAGAGCCUAAAAGAAAACGAACAAAAGAAAGCAAUUCGGAACAUUUUGACUCAACAGAAGAGUGAUGAGCAUGCUAAUGUCAGUGCAGAAGACAUGGCUGCCAUUGAGCAAACAGUCAGCCAACAUCUCAACUCAGACACUUUCAAUAAAGAUGUCCAAAACCGUUUAGAGAAAAAGUUGACAGAGAAAAACGAAGCCUUGACCAAGAUUACCAGCAAGUUUGAGGAUUUACUUUCUCACCCAAAAGACAAGAAGUUCAUAGCAGUGGACAACUACGAAGGCACUGAUUCUGAUAUGGAACCUCUUCGUGAACAUCUUCAUGGCUUAUUCAGUAGCUAUUUCAAAGAUGCCAAGCUUCGAAUUCGCCCACAACAGCUUUUGUUUGGAGUUGUACUGAGAAAAGAGUUUGAUAUUGUGUCUAUGGAAGAAUGCAUUCGUAUCGGUACCGAGGGGUUAAAGAUGAGAGAGGAGGAGGUUCGAUUCACCGUUUGGUACCUGGAUCGGUAUGUUGGAGCCUUGAUCUAUCAUCCAGAGAUCAAGGAUAAAGAUGGUUGGUUUGGGAACUUUGUCAUUUGCAACCCCCAAGUGGUAUUCAACAGCCUCAGUGUUCUCGUUGUCAAUCCGUUGCUGGAGCUCCAUUCUGAAAAGAGUAUUAUUCAGUUUAAGGAAGCUGAGAGAAGAAAUUGGAUACUCAAGGGGCAAUUCUCACUGAAAACAAUCACUCGAUGCAAUUCGGAGGAAAACCAAAGUGUGAAGAAAGACCAGUUGAUCCCUGUUGAGAAGCUGCUGAUACUACUCGAGCAUUCCCAUCUCUUGGCCAAAAUCACAACAGUGGUGAAGGAAGGCCUUACCACAGAAAAAGACGAAACGACGUUUUUCAUCCCCGCUAUUCUCAAGUGUGCAUCUCGCGAGGAACUAACGAAACCACCCCCCACUGGCAUUGAUACACCCUCUCCAAUCAAGAUCACAUUUGACCCCCAGUAUGUUCCCAUUGGAGUAUUCUGUGCCAUGAUCAGUGAAUUGGUCUCAAGGGGGAGUAAAGGCAAAGGCAUUCUGGGCAUGACUUGGAAACUUGCCACUGAUACCUCAGUAAAGAGAAACCUCGUCUCCUUUCACAUUGACGAAUCUGCCAAGCAUUUUGUUACCCUAAUUGCCCAUGUCGAUAGCUACGAGAUACGGAUUAUUCGACAGAACAGGAAUCAUACGAUGCACGAGCUUUGUUCCUACGUCCUCUCAACCCUCCUGUUGGUGAUGAAGGAUAUUAGUCCACUACUCACUCCGAUUAUUGCCUUCGACUGCUACUGUGGCACACAUGAAGAUGGUUCCAAGCUUUGCCUCCUCACAACAGGAGCUGAUCCCUGCUUUAAAUGCACCAGUGAAGUCUCUCUGAGUCCCCACCAAGAUUGUUGGUUUGCAGAAGAAGUCAGCCUGGGAGAUGAUGUGUUCCUCCUUGCCCUGCCCUUUGCUGAGGACCUAGAUCCAAGCCUCUCCUUCAAGUGGAGGAAGAGAAGACCGAGAAUUGGUGGGACUGAAAAUGAAUUGGAAUUCAAGGCCUCAUCAAAAAAUGGUCACUUCAAGGGCUUUAUCAGUUGUGAGAUCUCCAAGAACCAGAAGGCUUUCUUGACCGUGUACCACUGCCUCAAAGAGAGUGUUGAGGACACCUCCAGCUCUGAAACUGAUGAGCUGUUUGCAGAUGUGAAGGAAGUGAUCAAAGAGAUACGCUCUGACUGGUACAGCCUGGCUAUAGAACUGGACAUUGACUAUGCAACUAGGAAGAGUCUUGAGAAGGACUAUCGCUGGGUUGAGCCGUGCUUUGAGGCCAUGCUGACACACUGGGUGAAGCGCUCCUCUCCUUCCCCCUCCUGGUCUGCCCUUGUUAGAGCACUAGAGUCUCCUGCCAUUGCUCGUGGGGACAUUGCAACCACCAUUAAGACAAAAGCUACCAGCGACAUCUCUCCUGAUAUUUGUCCUCUCACUCACAAUGAGGGACUGAGUGUGGAUCAUCAUUUGAGGGUAGUGAGGACAGCUGCCUGGGAGGUGAGGGGGACAUGGCGUCCUCUGGGAGAGCAGUUGGGUGUCAAUGAGGGGACACUAGAUGCCAUCAAGAGGGACUGUCCGAAUGAGUGUGAUGACUGUUUCACUAAACUACUGGAGCAAUGGUUGACAGGAUCCACCCCCGCCCCCACACUAGGAGCACUCAUCCAUGCACUUAAGUCUCCUGUCAUUAGUCGUGGAGACAUUACCCAACAGAUGGAGUCUAAACUAACCAAGCUAGCUUCACAGUAACAGCUCCACUGACUGCAUAUCAUGAUAGUGACUCGUACAUCUUUUAUUGAUCAGAAACAGCUAAUUUAUUUUUAUGCUUUGUUUUGCUGGUUCCCACUCUUGCUAAGAUUUUUGAAUAAUAAUAAUCCAGUCCAUCA